CUAUUGAGAUUCAAAACUAAUACGUUUUGGUACUUUAACAAGUUGUUAUUACAAUAAUAAUUGAACAGUUUUCCACUGACUUAAAUUCUUUUAUUGCUGAAGUAUUAAUCUGCUUUUAGAUAAGGCGGCUAGAAUUAUUAAAUACCAUUAAAACAUAUCUUAAAAUUUUCUGAAACAAACUUGCACACAAUGCCAAAAAAGCCGCCAAGGAAUGCUUUCUACUUCUAUAUGGUGGACUUUAGAGAGGAGCAAAGGAAGAAGGGAAUUCAUUAUGAGAAUAUGGCUGAGUUAGCGGAAGCUGCUGGCCCAUUGUGGAGAGACGCGCCGCCGUCCAUCCGCACGAAGUUCGAUGCCAUAGCAAAACGUGAGAAGGAAAAGCACAACAUACCGACAAAGAAGUUCACAUCGACCGGCGUGUCCAUAGCGGAGAUAGAGCAACAGGAGCGUGAGCAAAGGGAGGCUGAGGAGGCCGAGAGGAGAGACAUAAAGAACUUCGUUGCGGUGAACACUAUUAGCGGACGAGCGCCCAGUAUAGAUAUAUUUCUAAUGGAUGUUAAUGCGUUCUGCAAAGUGGGCUCCGAGUAUCUAAUCGGCGAAUGUACGAUACUCCGGUUUAACCUAAGGGAUGGUAUCAUGAAUAUCUACCAUGAAAUGAUAAAUCCAGGAACAAUACCAAUGGGUUACGCGUACGAAGCCAAACUGGGCAGCCAAGAGUUCUGUAUCCCGCUACCAGAUGAGACAGUGCCUCGCAGCAACUACAUGCACAUACUGGCCACGACCAUAGACUACUUGAAGCAGAACAACAGGAACGCUAACACGCUGCCUCCGAUAUUCACUAUGCCCGAUAAAGUGGCAGCUGUGCAGGAUUUCAUCAUGCAAAUGUGUCGGAGGGCUGCCGAAGACGACUCCUUGUUCCGAGUAUAUAAAUUGGACACACUCUUUUUCACACUUAUAAACGCAAUCAAGUCUCGACCUGAUGAAGGUUUUCCGAAGGAGUCCCUCGCUCUGGUGCAACUAAAGAAAGAUAUGUUUAAAUAUACACCUGGGAUUGGUUGUGAACACCACAACAGAGAAGACAAAACAGUCGAGUGCACAACGUCCCGCGUGAAGCGAUGGGCGUUCACCAUCAUGGACAGCUGCUGUCCCGUAGUCGGCGUCGACAUGAAGCCGGGCAAGCACCUACCCUAUGACUAUGAUAUGGAUAGCAUAUUGACAUAUCAAGAACAGAAGAAAGGCAAAAUGGGAGCGACAGUUGCUGACCUCUCGGACCAAACCAGUAACAUAUCGUUAAUUAGUGACACUUCCACCACCAUGUACGACACUGCGUCUUCACUCAACUCGUCGGCUGACACGAGCACCAAAAGUGUCAAGCGUGUACACGUGCCUCUACGUAUGCCGAAAACGAACUUUUCGAAGGUAUUCUCAGCGGCGCCAGAACUAUCGGAAUCAGACUUUCCUAGUCUACCGCUUGCUGGAAGAGGUCGCGGAAUGGGAUCAAGUCGCAGCAUCGCAAGCAGUGUUGGUAAAAGCAGCAAGUGAAAUAAUAUAACGACCACAUAAUUUAAACUUAAUUCUCAAAUGCUAUUAAAACAAGCAUAGAAUCCCAUUUGCCCUUAUUAUUUUUGAAAUUUCAUACUGAUUAUUUGAAAUUACAUAUAUCUCUUUGUUUAAUGUUUAUUUAUGACUCGCCCUAUUUUGGUGUGAAAGUGAGACGAGCAAACACACAUAUGGCCGGUUUCAAUAUAAAUAUUAAUCUUAAAUCUAAACAUUUAAUUGAUAGUUCGUUGUACAUAUGAGAAAUCGUUCAAAAGUUACGAUUCAUUCGAAAGCGCCAUCUUUAAUUCACAGAUUACAGUUUAAAGUUCGAAAUUCAAAUUCAGCGGUAGACAAUAAUACAGAUAAUCAAGAAAAAAAAUUUUAGGUCUUGUAUUUCUUAUUUAUGUACUAAAAAAUACGUUUUUAAUAUAUAUUUUCAUACGGGAUUAAAAUAGGAUUUGAGAAUUCAGUCUUUAUUUUUUCACUUUUAAUACUAAUUUGUUAUGCAGGGUGGGGGGCGACAAUAUCACAAUAAAUGAAAACACCGCCAAUACAAUUAGUAUUGUUUUAAUAAAUAAGUUUGAACAUCAUUUAUAAGGCGUUAUUUAGUUAUCUGUGCGAGAGAAGUGCGACAACAGCGCAGUAUCAGUAAGUGUACCUAACUACCAUCUAUAAGUGUUUUCUAUAUAUUCAUAAAAAUCUCAAUUUGAUACUUUAUCGCUAAGCUAUUUGGUGGAUUUAAUUAAUUUCUGGUAUGUAGAUAAGGAACAUCAUUAUGUAUACGUCAUUUUAUUUACUGUGGUAUUUUCGUCUCCACCCAGUACACUUUCUAAUGUUUUUUUGAACUUGAAUUUUUAUACUUAUGUGCUAUUUUGGACAGGGUUUUUGAGAAUA